GGCGCUGGAGAACAACGACGUCCCAGCCUACAAGCUUUUCCUCUUCUCCGCCCUGGCCAUGCUUGCCGGAAUCGGAGCGCGAGAAGGCUGCACCGGGGCUCCUUUCCUGAAUGACGGCCAUGGCCAGAGCGUCCUGUUCGGUCUGGAGGCCCUCAAGCAUCUUCAGGAGAAGACCUGCCAGGAAGUAUAUUGGA